AUGAAAAAUACAUUGACUGUGAAGCGGCCUUCGCCAACCACCGUGUUAUACAAAGUGUCGACCCGCUCAGCAAACACCACAGUUCCAGCACGAGUCCGUCGCACCCUCACCGGACUGGUCAGAAUACUGAUAGGUCUGACUCUGCUAUGCAUCCUUACCGCAAAGACCCACGCAUCUGCAACUCCACGCUGGAAAAGUCAUACAGACUACGCCUCGGCCUUUUUGCCUCCAGCCCUCACGGAAGUAUCCACGACUACUGCAUCGCGGAUUCCAUGGCUGUAUCUGGCUCCUGUCAGUUUAGUCAUCUACUCUCUUAUACUCAAGAAAGGGUAUACCACUGAGUCUUUGCUGGUUAUCCGUGGUAUGGGUGUGCAAACUACGACGAGCAGUCCGACCUACCUCAGCACUGCGACCACGAGGUUCAUUCCCACCAAUAUGAUUCAGGAUAUCUUUGUGUACGAGGCUUUCAAGGGGUUUGAAGUCAAAUUCUAUCUGGCUAUCGUGGUCGAGGGCGAACACGAUGUUGUCGUGAUGUGGCAGAGCAUACUUCCGCGAAGGCGAGUGCUGGAAGAGGUCUGGAGAGGCGCAAAAUCAUGUCUGUAUGAGCCAAAAUCCUAA